AUGUAGAAUCGAAGGUGAGAAUGAUGUAGAAGCUCCGAAGUUCUGGAUACAUCGCCAGCCACGUAAGCUCACAACUUCUGCUAUCAUGGAAAGGGAAUCUGAAAGUUCCAGUGUGGCAACCACGGGCCGCGACUACCAUGAGCGCUUGCAUUGCAAUCUCAUAUCGGCUCCCUCAUCUCCCUCAUCUCCCUCGGAUUCCCCAUUGUCGACCAAUAGAAGUGAAGAAAACCCUAGCCGCUUCGAUCCCUCAUGAGGCCCGGAGCAAGAACAGCACUAGGAGAGGUCUUCUCUUCCUCUCGCUCCCCAUGUCUGCCCUCUUAUUCCUCCACAGUAACUCUGCCGCCGACCCUUCGUCAGGCUUCGAUCCCGUGACUGACGCCGAGAAGGAUGCUAGCUCUGCUUUAUCCCGCCGCAUUGGAGAAGCCGUUCGCCUGCUCGACCUUGCACGGGAGUUCCAGGCGAAGGGAGAAUUUUCCCGGGCCUUGGACUAUUUUACUCAGAUAAUUAAUGAUUACAAGGAUUUUGCAUUCACAGAAUAUGCAAGGGUUGGAAGGGCGUUGCUGUUGUAUGAGAUUGGUGACAGGCAGCAGGCUAUUACAGAGAUGGAAGAUGUUUCAAUAUCUCUGAAAGGCUAUCCUGAGAUCCAUGCAGCUCUUGCAGCUGCACUUUACACUGAUAGACAUGCACCAUUACUGGCCGAGAAUCAGUUCACCAUUGCCACCAUUCUUGAUCCUUGCUAUGCGGAUCUGUCUUACGUAAGAGAGAAGAAACACUGGCCGCCAAGUUUGGUCCGUUCCUUAAAAAACUUCAUCACGCUCUCUUAACAACUCAAAUCCACCUUUUGUACAUUAGAAAUACUUGUAUACAUAACAUCAUAUACUUUAGCAAGAUUUACAUACAUACCACUCAAUUCUUAUGUAUUUACAUGCCUAAAUUUUAACGUUUUCAUAC